CACAUAUAUAUAUCUAUAGCAGCAGCGAUAUGGUUGAGGGUCAGACAGCGGUUCAACAGCAGCAGCAGCAGCAAUCGUCGGGCACUGGCAGCUCUGGUGCUGGCACUGGCGGUGGAACGGCUGGCGGUGCCGGUGGCGCCACCGCUGGCAGUGUGGCCAACAGUCAAGCGCAGCAAAAUGGAGGCUCAGCGGCAACGGCAACUGCUGUGGCUGCGGCUGCAGCUCCGGCAGCAACAACCAACAAUGCUGCAGCCAACAGCAAUAAUAACAAUAACAGUGCUGCCACAAACAACAACAACAACAAUAAUAAUAACAAUAACAACAACAAUAACAAUAAUAACAACAACGAACCGGAUCCAAAAACCAAUUUGAUUGUGAACUAUUUGCCACAGACAAUGUCGCAGGACGAAAUCCGUUCAUUGUUCGUCAGCUUUGGCGAGGUGGAGAGCUGCAAAUUGAUACGCGAUAAGGUGACAGGCCAAAGCCUGGGCUACGGCUUCGUCAACUAUGUGAAGCAAGAGGAUGCGGAGAAGGCGAUUAAUGCAUUGAAUGGUCUACGUCUCCAAAACAAAACCAUAAAGGUCUCCAUUGCGCGCCCCAGCUCGGAGAGCAUUAAGGGCGCCAAUCUAUAUGUAUCGGGUCUUCCAAAGAAUAUGACACAGUCCGAUUUGGAAUCUUUGUUCAGUCCAUACGGCAAGAUCAUAACUUCGCGCAUACUUUGUGAUAAUAUCACUGGUCUCUCCAAGGGCGUUGGCUUUAUACGCUUCGAUCAGCGCUUCGAGGCUGAUCGCGCCAUCAAGGAGCUAAACGGCACCACACCGAAAAAUUCCACCGAACCGAUAACCGUUAAGUUUGCCAACAAUCCCAGCAGCAACAAGAACAGCAUGCAACCGCUGGCCGCCUACAUUGCGCCACAAAAUACACGCGGCGGACGCGCCUUUCCAGCAAAUGCGGCAGCCGGUGCCGCAGCGGCUGCAGCUGCUGCUGCCAUUCAUCCCAACGCGGGCCGUUACAGCUCUGUGAUCUCACGCUAUUCGCCGCUCACCAGUGAUCUAAUUACCAAUGGCAUGAUACAGGGCAAUACCAUUACUAGUUCGGGCUGGUGCAUUUUCGUUUAUAAUCUGGCGCCCGAAACCGAGGAGAAUGUGCUUUGGCAGCUGUUCGGACCAUUUGGGGCUGUGCAGUCCGUAAAGGUUAUACGCGAUUUGCAGAGCAACAAAUGCAAGGGCUUCGGCUUCGUUACCAUGACCAACUAUGAGGAGGCUGUGCUGGCCAUACAGUCGCUCAAUGGCUAUACGCUGGGCAACCGGGUACUUCAGGUCAGCUUCAAGACAAACAAAAAUAAGCAAACGUAAUUAUUAACCAAGUUGGCUGCUGUUGUCAAUGCCAAUGCGGCGGCAGCGGCGCUAGCUGCCAAUAGUUUGGUGCUCAAUCAUAACAACAACAAUUACAACAACCACAUCAACAACAACAACAACCAUUCUGCCCACCCAUUUGGCAAAUAUGCUAAUCAGAACAGCAACAACAGACAGCACAACAGCAAUAACAAACACAAACAGCAGACAACUUCAAACAGUAACAACAACAACAACAAGCACUCACUGACAACAGCAACAAAAUCGAAUUCGAGUGCAGCAACAGCCACAGCGAACAAUCGCCAUAGCAAACCGCCCACAAAGAGCAACAACAACAGCAACUUAACAUCUACAAGCAACAACAACAACAACAAGAGCACCUCCACCCAAGCCACGGCCCGUAGCGAAAGCGGCGCCAGUUCAACCAGCAACAACAACAUAUUGAAAACCUCCACAAAGUUCAUCUACAACAAGCCACAAAAUCAUUUCGAAUUGCUGCAACAGCAGCUGCAGCUGCAGCAGGAGUUUGCCCAGUUCCUUACUAAUGUGGCUAACAGUGCAGCAGGUGGUGGGUCCGCUGGAACGCCCAACACACACAACAAUAACAGCAGCAGCAGCAGCAACCACAACAGCAACAGCAACAGCAACAACAGCAGCAACAGUAAUGCAGCCAGCGGUUCGCAUGCAGCACGUGGCACUGCCAACAGCUCCACGUUGAGCGGCUCAGCAGCAACAGUUGGCAACAAGAGCAAUCACAGCCAUAACAAGAACAACAACUAUCAAUCCUCAUUUAUGCCAUCUUGGUCAAAUUGGUUUUUUUAAUUGAAGCUGAUAGAU